AUGUUCUUUGGCUGUAUUUCAGGGAAUUACGGCAAAGGAGAGGGUUUAUUCUGGGAGAAAGCUGGGGGAUCAAUUAAUACAACGACUUAUUAUCAAUACACUGUACCUGUUAUUUUGAAGUACGUGUUCAACCACACAGGACUACACUUCAAGCAAGACUGUGGACCAGGGCACGGAUUAAAAGCAAGUCUAAAGUAUAUUCUAAGCUUGUUAGACCGGGAGGUUCACAGAAAUUACACACGGCUCAAGAGAGCUGUGCAGGGGGCUUGGGAUAGUUUAACAGAUGCUGAGAUUAGGGAUUCCAUCCACACGAUGCAUGUCAGCUGCGAGGCUAUGUUCGCUGCGCAUGGCCUAUACACAGAAUAUUAG